UCUGUCUGUUAGAUGUUACGCACUCUAAACUUUCGACCCUCCACUCGCAUCCCUUCUGCCGUGAACUCCACACCAUCAACGACGUGCUGCAUCAGAACCAUGGAGAGCUCAGGAGUGCUCCUCCGACUGCUGUGCAUCGGCGUGCUAUGCGUCACAUGCAGAGGACAGGCGUCGCAGGAAGUUUCCGCAGAGGACUUCGGAGCGCAGAACUCGGCGACCGCAACUGAGAGAGAACUUGUGGAUGCGAUGGAGGCGCUUCUAGUGAAGAUGGAGAGCCGUCUGCCUUCAACUGAGAAGAGAGGCAUGAUCCCUCCGUGUGGAGUUGGUCAGCGGUGUGCCCUGAGGCAUGGACCACACAUCGGGAAGCUCUGCGACUGUGGAAGGGUCAGCAGUUGCAACUCCUUCCUCCUCAAAUGCCUCUGAAGUCCUUCAGGGUGGAGUGCUUCACUACAGGACAUUGCCAUUAACGCUCCAGCCCGAAGGGAGAAAUAUUGUCUUCUCCUUCCAUCGCCAGCAUGGCUACGUCCCAACCUCCCAUUUAUUCCCUUAAUGCACUACCUUUCACUAGUUUUCAUCAGCCUCUUGUCGAACAUUUUGCACUAAACUGUAAGGAAUAGGGGCAUGUUUGGAACAAACAUGUCCGCAACCUCUAGCGCUGUUCAGCACCCUGAGCAGCGACGUGUAGGCCAACAUUACAGGAGUUUAGGUUUUUGCAUUUUGUCUUGCUUUUUGUUGUUGUGUGUGUUAAUAAACUUGUUUUCAUUUAAAAGAGGAGCAUGGUUGGGUUUUCUAACCCUGAAAGUAUUUACAGCAUGUGCAUUAAUCUGUCAAAUAAACAAAGUGUUUAUCUCA